CAUCAUAAGAGGCAAAGUUUUGACAUCUCACCUCUUUUGCCUUUCAGCCAAAAUGUCAGACGAAGAAUUCUUGAUGGACGAUGCGGCGGACGAGGAUUACGAUUUCGAUUAUGAAGAAGACGAAGAUGAGGACGUCGAUGCAGAUAUCGAAAAUAUGUAUUUCAACGCAAAAGCAAAAAGGGCCGAUGAUGUAGACGAGGCAAUUGCUGAUUUGGAAAAAGUUGUGGAAAAAGAAGGCACACAAAAAGGUGAUUGGGGUUUCAAAGCGCUCAAACAAAUGACAAAACUCAACUUUCGAAGAGGAAAACAUGCUGAAGCAUUACAGAGCUAUACUCGAUUGUUGGGAUACACAAAAUCAGCUGUCACUAGAAACUAUUCUGAAAAGUCCAUCAAUGGCAUUCUUGAUUAUGUAUCAGCAGACAUUGCACCGGCAAACAACGCUCCAGCAAAGGAAGGUGCGAAUGAUCACCCGUCAAAAGGACAAAAGUCGAAAACAAUUGACCUGGGGACAAUGGAACAAUUCUACGAUGUGACAAAGAAAGCACUGGAAGAAUCCAAGAAUGAACGUUUGAGCGUAAAGACAGAUCUCAAAUUGGCAAGAUUGUGGCUUGCACGUGGCGAAUUUGGACGUCUGGCAAAGAUCUUGAAAGAUUUGCGUGCGUAUUGUACCACUCCAGAUGGAAGUGAUGAUCAAUCAAAAGGUACAAUCUUACUUGAAAUCUUUGCUUUGGAAAUUCAAAUGUACGGUGAGACAGCCAACUACAAAAAACUCAAAGAGACAUACGAUGCAACAUUACAAGUAAAGAGUGCAAUCCCACAUCCACGUAUUCUGGGAGUUAUUCGCGAAUGCGGUGGAAAGAUGCAUAUGUCGGAGAAAAAAUGGGAAGCAGCACAAGUGGAUUUUUUCCAAGCAUUCCUCAACUAUGAUGAAGCGGGAAGUGCACAAAGAAUUCAAGUUCUCAAAUACUUGGUAUUGGCACACAUGUUGAUGGGAAGCGACAUCAAUCCAUUCGAUAGUCAAGAAACCAAGCCAUACAAGAAUGAUCCACAAAUCGUUGCCAUGACUGAUUUGGUGGGCGCAUACCAACGUAGAGAGGUGCACGAAGCUGAAAGAAUUCUAGCCAACAAUCAUGCCACAAUCAUGGACGAUCCAUUCAUUCGAACAUACAUUGAUGAAGUGCUAAAGGGAUUGAGAACGCAAUAUCUUAUCGAUCUCAUUCAACCUUACACGCGCAUUGGACUGGAGUUCCUUGGACAACAGCUGAACAUCACAACACAUGAAGUGGAAGAAUUGAUCAUGACUUUGAUCCUAGAUGGUCGUAUUGCAGGUCGGAUUGACCAGGUACAACAACGACUCGAGCUUGACCGUGGCGGACAAAAAGCUAUUGCAACAGCAGCAUUGCAAUCUGGCAGUGGAAUCAGUACAGGAGAAGCACAGCUUACAAAGGCUUUAGGUACUUUGGUAGAUCGUCGUUAUGCUGCUAUGCAUAAAUGGGCCGAUGAAAAUUCGAAAUUGAUUGGAUUGAUUGAGGAUAAACAUGGAAAUUCUACUUCGCAAUCCGUUGGACCUUCAUCGACGAUGGGAAGGUUAGCAAUGAGUGGCUUACCUGCCAUCUAAGACUAAGUCGUUCUCACAUUGUCACAUUAUCACUGUAUACUAUAACAUCAUCACUUGAAUGCAAAAAGCACUUUAUAGUCAUCAGAGUGUUGCUCUUCGG